GCACGGACGAUUAAAAGUGCGUACCAGUGCGGAGGAAGCGGCCCGCAAGAAGCUGGAACAGCAAGCAAAGGUCAAAAUGUUCCGCGCCGCAAUGGGUCGUAUUUUCGAGAAGAAAUCCACCCAAGAGUAUGAUACCGAAAUGAUGGACCUAACGACGAAACUGUUGGGAAACAAUCCGGACAUUGCGACCCUAUGGAAUUUGCGUCGGAUGUGCAUUUUAGCGCUAAAAGAAUCAGACACUGACGACAUUCAGAGUGUUUUCGAUAAGGAUCUUGGCUUUACGGAAAUGUGUCUUAUGGUGAACCCGAAAUCGUACUGUGCAUGGCACCAUCGUUGCUGGAUAUUGGAAAAUGCACCCACCGCCGAUUGGCAAAAGGAGGUAGAAUUGUGCACAAAGUAUUUGAAGCUGGACGAGCGUAAUUUUCACUGCUGGGACUAUCGGCGGUAUGUGGUGGAAAAUGCGAAAGUAACUCCGGAGAAAGAGUUUGCAUUCUGUACGGAAAAGAUCGAGAAAAACUUUUCCAACUACUCGUCGUGGCAUUAUCGGAGCAAACUGCUGCCGGUGCUCUACCCAAACGUGGAUGAUCCAAGCCGUCCGAUAAGCGAUGAGAAGUUGAAGGAAGAAUUGGAACUAGUCCUGACCGCAGCGUUUACCGAUCCGAACGAUAGCAGUGCUUGGUUUUAUCAGCGCUGGUUGCUCGGCUAUUCACAACCCGAGCUUGAUGUGGCCACCUGUCGGGUGGAUGUGAGGCAAAACUUGGCUGUACUGUCGUUCAGUGUACCCAUCGACCUAACUUCCGGUGGAUAUAAGUUGGACGUGCCGUGCUGUGAUAAGUGCAACGAUAUUAGCGAUUGGAUGCCAGCUACUGAAGGAAACAAUUUUGAUACAACUUGGAUAAUGAAAGGCACAUUCAUUGUUAAGGAAGAAAGAGGCGCAACUGUUACUCUCAUCACACCGAGUGACGUAAAACACGUACUCAACCUCCACACCGUAUCCCGGGAAGGGGUGAUCGGUGUAAAAAAACCAAAGUUUGGCUAUGAGUUUGGGUCUGGUAUCGUGGACGUGCUGAAAGCACAGCUCGCUUCCUGCCAAGAACUGUUGGAGUAUGAACCGGACAGCAAAUGGACGCUGCUUACUGCCGCACUACUGAUGAAAGCGAUUGAUCGACGCGGAUAUUACGAAACGAUCCGUCAGCAUCUGGCAAAGCUCGAAACGGUCGACGCACUCCGGAAAGGAUACUAUUUGGAUCUUGCUAGCAAAUGGUCUAUCGAAAAUCGGUUAGAAGAAUGGAUUGAAGCUGGCAAGUUCGGUAUGGAAAUUGAUCUAUCCGGUCUUCAGUUGACCGUCCUGAACUAUGUGCAAUACCUCGCUACAGCGGAUGCGAUCAAUUUGAGCAGAAAUCGAUUGAUAGAUCGUAAUUUGGGUGUGCUGGGAGGGUUGGUGUUUUGCAGAAAACUCAAUUUAGAAGACAAUGCAUUGCAAACUGGUGCAGCAAUACAGAAACUCUCGCUUGUGGAUGAAAUUGUACUGAAAGGUAAUGAGCAGCUUGUAAAGAACAAUGCAAUGGUGGAAGAAUUGCGAACCAAAGUAAAGAGCCUGGUGCUUUAAGUACAUUCCUCUUAGGUAAAGGGAACAAUUACUAUGUGAAUUUAAGCACAAAUAAAUAUUUCUUCAAAGCACGCAUAC